UCACCCGCAUAGAGCGGUUCAGGAACUUUCCAAGACCGGAGAGCGGGCCGCGGUGAUUCCGAAAACGCCGCGUGGCCCAGGGCUUUGCCCCUGACACCAAAUCCAGAACCUAUGGCUCUCUUUUCAGUCUUUCAGACAACAUUCCUCUUGGCAUUGCUGUCCUUGAGAACUUACCAGAGUGAAGUCUUGUCUGAACCUUUGCCAUGGGCCCCUGAAUCCCUGAAAGUUUUUAUCAAUUCUACACAUCAGUGUUUGCAUUUACAGUGGAGUGUCCACAACCUUGCUCAUCAUCAGGAAUUAAAAAUGGUUUUUCAGAUAGAAAUCAGUAGAAUUAAAACAUCGAAUGUCAUCUGGGUGGAGAACUAUAGCACCACUGUGAAGUGGAACCAAGUUCUGCACUGGAGCUGGGAAUCCAAGCUCCCCUUGGAAUGUGCGAAACAUUUUAUAAGAAUGAGGAGCGCGGAGGAUGAUGCCAAGACCCCCGAGCAGAGUUUCUGGAGCAAUUGGAGCUCGUGGGAGGAAGUAGAUGUACAGAAUUCUCUUGGACACGACCCAUUGUUUGUUUUCCCUAAAGAUAAGCUGGUGGAGGAAGGCUCCAAUGUCACCAUUUGUUACGUUUCCAGGAGCCCGCAAAGUAACAUAUCCUGUUAUUUGGAAGGCGUGCAGAUGCAGGGAGAACAGCUCGAGCCAAAUGUCACCGUGUUCAACUUGAAUCAUGUUGCUUUCAUUAGGGAAACUGGGACAAAUAUCUACUGUAAGGGGGACCAAGGAGACAGUAUAAAGGGCAUCGUUCUCUUUGUGUCAAAAGUCCUCGAGGAGCCCAAGGAAUUUUCUUGUGAAACCCAGGACCUCACGACACUGAACUGUACUUGGGAUCCUGGGAGUGACACUGGCUUGCUCAAACAGCUUUCCCAAAGCUAUACUUUAUUUGAAUCAUUCUCCGGGAAAAAAACACUUUGUAAACACAAAAGCUGGUGUAGUUGGGAAGUAGCUCCAGAGUCCCAAGAAAUGUAUAACUUCACACUCACGGCUGAAAACUACUUAAGAAAGAGAAGUGUUCACCUUCUUUUUAACCUGACUCAUCGAGUGCACCCAAUGGCUCCCUUUAGUGUACUGUUUACAGAUGUAAGCACCACAAAUGCCACCAUGACCUGGAAGGUUCACUCCACUGGUAAUUAUUAUACACUGCUGUGCCAGGUUAAACUCUAUGGUGAAGGAGAAGUAACACAACACAAUGUUUCCGUCGAGGUGGAUGGUGAGCAGCUCUUCAGUGGCCUGGAGCCGGACACAGAGUACAGGGCCCAAGUACGCUGUGCUAAUGCCAACCACUUCUGGAAAUGGAGUGAAUGGACUCAUCAGAACUUCACCACAGCAGAAGCUGCUCCCUCAGAGGCUCCUGACGUCUGGAGAAAUGUGAAGUCAGUGCAGGGACAUUCUGUUGUGACUUUAUUCUGGAAGCCACUAUCAAAAUUGCAGGCCAAUGGGAAGAUUCUGUUCUAUAAUAUAGUUAUAGAAAAUCUAGACAGAUCAUCCAGCUCGAAGUUCCUCUCCAUUCCUGCUCCGGCCAAUGGCACCGAACUAAACCUAGACCAGUGUUCGUACCAAAUCCACGUCACAGCUCAUAACAGUGUGGGCACGUCCCCUGCUUCGGUCAUCAUAGUCUCUGGAGAUCCUGGAAACAAAGAAGUUGAAGAAGAAAGAGUUAAAGGCACGGAGGAUGGAUUCUCUCUGUCGUGGAAACCCCAACCCGGAAACGUCACGGGCUACAUUGUGGAGUGGUGUGACCGUCCCCGGGGCCCGCUCUGUGAUCUCCAGUGGAAGAGCGUCGGUCCCACUACCACAAGCACCGUUGUUAGCUCAGAUGCUUUCAGACCAGGGGUCCAAUACAACUUCAGAAUUUAUGGAAUUUCUACAGAAAGAGUUCCUUAUUUAUUAGAGAAAAAAACAGGAUACUCCCAGGAACUGGCUCCGUCAGACAACCCUCAAGUGGUCAUGAGUAACCUGACCUCCCGCUCCUUCACUCUGAGUUGGAAGGAUUAUUCCAUUGAAUCCCAACCCAGUUUUAUACAAGGGUACCACGUCUACCUGAAAUCCAAGGCGGGGCAGUGCCACUCAGGAUCUGAAAAGGCAGUUCUUUCAGAUGAUGCAGUGUGUUGCAAAUACAAAAUUGACAACCCGAAACAAAAGACAUUUGUCGUGGAAAACCUACAGCCAGAAUCCUUCUAUGAGUUUUUGGUCACCCCGUACAGCAGUGUUGGCGAGGGCCCCCAUGGCGCUUUCACAAAGGUCACAACUCCGGAUGAAUACUCCCCUAUACUGAUACGUGUCAUACUCCCUAUGGUUUUCUGCAUUUUGCUCAUCAUGAUCAUAUGCUACUUGAAAAGUCAGUGGAUGAAGGAGAAGUGUUAUCCUGACAUUCCAGAUCCUUACAAGAGUAGUGUUCUGUCAUUAAUAAAAUCCAAGGAGAAUCCUCGCCUAACAAUAAUGAAUAUCAAAGACUGUGUUCCAGACUCUAUUGAGGUUCUAAACAAGCAGGAAGGCACUAGGAAGUCACUCACAGAAACUGAGUCUUCCAAGCCCACCUACCUUUACCUCCUUCCAACAGAGGAGAGCUACUCCGGCCCUGGGCCCUGCAUCUGUUUUGAGAACUUUACCUAUAAUCAGGCAGCUUCGGACUCUGCUUCUUGUGGCCAUGUCCCAGUAGCCCCCAAAGCCCCACCAAGUCAGCUGGCACUGUUGACAUCACCUGAAAAUUUACUAAAGGCACUAGAAGAAAACUACAUGAACUCCCUGGGAGAAAUUCCAGCCGGAGAAACUAGUUUAAAUUAUGUGUCCCAGUUGGCUUCAGCCAUGACUGGAGACAAGUUCAGUCUCCCCACAAAUCCACCAGAGCCAGCACUGUGUUCAGAGUAUAAAAUGCAAAUGGCCAUACCCUUGGGUCUUGCCUCUCCUCCCUCGAGUGGGAGUAGCAGCCUCUCUUCCUUUACCCUUUUAGAUGAAGGUGAACACUACCACUAAUCAGUAUACCCAGUUCAUGCCUUUAUGCUACAUAGAUGCAAAAAAGGAGCAUCGCUGCACCAUUCCAUCACCCGAUGCCUCGGCGCGUAAUUCCAGUGAGCGGUCACCGUUGGCACACGAGACCACUACAGUCUGGCUUGGUUUCAAAGGGCAGAAGCUAUGGAACUUAACAUCCCUUCUUGGAGCAGGCUUGCCGUAGAAAUGGCGGGAUCGUGGGAAUAGGCUUACCUUGCUGCGUCUGUUCCAGGCUCACCUUUAGAACAGUAGACCUGGCACUUGACAUGGGGAUAGACCCUGCCCACUCAGUACUGGACAGGGUGCCUAUGGUCCUAGAAGUUCAGUUUUUAGCAAGGAAAUAUUUCCAUUAAGUUUUACCCGUAUGUCUUAUAUUAAGGGUAAAGGAACUAGAUUUAAGGUUUUAGCAAAGGCCACAGAAGAUUCAUGACCAGACCAUAAAUUGUCCAUUUAUUCUGGGUGUGUUUAAUGAAAAAGUCACAUGAUGUUUGAGAGUAAAACAGAUUUUAGACUUGCCUUGAAGUGAGAACAAUUUGUAGUUCAUUGAUGCAGUAGAAUGAACUCUUCUGGGCGCACAGACCUUAUCUGAUAGGUAAAGCACGUGAAUGAUCAAUAAGAUCCCCACAACUGCCUUUCCAUUUAGCUUACUACAGUUAAAGAGUGGGACUGCCAAGGAACUCUUGACUUAGCGUCAAGACAACAGCACUCCUACUUGGUGGACAUCAGUCUUUGACCAUAAUUUUUGACAACUACCUCAGAAUAGAAAAAAGAAAAUGUUGUUAUUAAUUCCAUUCACAUUUUAUGGUUCCUCUUUUUUUCAAGAACUACUAUAUAUAAGUGACCUGUUUUCAUUUAGUACCUUUUGGUCUUUGCCAUUGUCUGGGUCAAGAAAAUAUCCUGUCUCAUGUAUAUUCCUAUUAUGCUAACAAUGAAUAAAAGGAAACUUCAUUGUUGGACAUAGUUUAGACAUAAUUGUAAAAAGCUAUAGAGUGGGAAAUUCUGUAUUUGCUCAGCAGCAGCUUUGUCUCAUUGAAUCAAUAUAUACAAAUGCACCUGAUGCAUAACAGGUGUUCAGUACGUGCCCGUUCCUUUCUCUUCCUUCUACCUAUCAAAGCUUUAUGUUUAUUUAUCACAUUUCUAAGCAAGUAUCAGGAGUUCCUUGUUUGCUGUGCUGGAAAUGACAGCAUCUAGGUCUCUGGUACCAAAUGCCUUGCACUGUGUCAUCAACACCACACAACCAAGAGACCAAAAGAUCCACAUCUCAAGUAAGGUGGCUGCCAACUGGCCUAAAUAUACCAACACAAACCAGGGCUUCUGUUCAGACUUUUCAACUUUUUCCUUAUGUAGAACUAAACCUUUUGCUGGAAAAACUGGUUAUGUACUCCUAACAUAGUACAAAUGAGUACUCGAUUAGUCUGAUAGUUUUGAGAAGAUUUUGGGGGCCAGUAUUGUCAUCAUUUAGCCUCUUUGUUGCUUUCUCAUAUGUCAAUGGCUGUGAAGACUGAUUUGUAAAUAGUAUCUUUCAUAUAGAUUUUCUUUUAAAAAUAACCCAUGAAACCUUGGAAGUCAUUUUUGUUGCAAAAAGCCUAAUUAAAAUAUUUCACCACUGCAUUUUGUGUUUUCUCUACCUCAAUGAAAUGAGAAUCUAAC